CCGCCUACGUUGUCCUCUCCAGCGUUUGAUCAUCCGCAAUGACGUGGCUGACACAUCGGCUAAGAAGUCCAGGUGGCCAGGUGAGCUGGCCACCUAGCGGUCAGCAUUGGAGGCUUUGCGGGAGCAAACAAAAGGAAAUACGAGCGCCUAGGUUUGGAGGAGGCAGGAGGAGCUAUGGCGGCAGCGCUAGCGCCCGCGGCAUUGAUCCGAGGAGCUGCCACCACGGCGAGCGAUGGCCCAUUCGCGGCGGCGACGUCGUCGUCCUCCUCGGCUUUGUUUGCCGCGAGAUCGUCGUCUUCCAGGUGCUCCAAGAUGUGCAUUUGAGCGAGGAGGCGAGAAUGGAGGUCGUGGAUGUGGAUUUGAGCGAUCGCACCUAUCCAAUCUACAUCGGAUCUGGUCUUCUAGACAAGCCAGAGCUUCUCCAGAAACAUGUGAAAGGAAAGAAUGUGUUGGUGGUGACGAACACGACCGUGGCACCAUUGUACCUGGAGAAAGUAGUCGGGCUUCUCAAGGCAAAUGGUUCCAAGAUAAAUGUGGAGAGCGUUAUCCUGCCGGAUGGUGAGAAGUAUAAGGACAUGGGAACUUUGAUGAAAGUUUUUGACAAAGCGGUGGAGACCAGAAUGGAUCGAAGGUGUACGUUCGUGGCACUGGGAGGAGGAGUGAUUGGAGAUAUGUGUGGGUUUGCUGCUGCGGCUUUUCUCCGCGGUGUGAAUUUUAUUCAGAUUCCAACGACGCUCAUGGCUCAGGUUGAUUCGUCAGUCGGAGGGAAGACCGGUGUAAAUCAUCCGCUUGGCAAAAAUCUCAUUGGUGCAUUUUACCAGCCUCAGUGCGUGGUUAUCGACACGGAUACUCUUAGCACGCUUCCAGAGAGAGAGCUCUGUUCUGGAAUUGCUGAAGUCGUCAAAUAUGGUUUGAUCAGAGACGCGAAGUUUUUCGAGUGGCAAGAGGAAAACAUGGACAAGCUGUUGGCCAGGGACCCGGAUGCUCUUGCUUAUGCCAUCAAGCGUUCUUGUGAGAACAAGGCAGAGGUUGUAUCGCUUGACGAGAAGGAAGCCGGUUUGAGAGCUACAUUAAAUCUUGGGCAUACGUUUGGACAUGCUAUAGAAACAGGAAUUGGCUACGGUGGUUGGCUGCACGGAGAAGCCGUAGCUGCUGGCACGGUAAUGGCUGCGGAUCUCUCAUUCCGUCUGGGAUGGAUAGACGCUUCUCUUCAGUCUCGGAUCCUAAACUUGCUAGAGCGUGCGAAAGUUCCAGUGGCACCCCCCAGCACAAUGACAGUCGAAAAGUUUCAAAACAUAAUGGCGGUAGACAAGAAGGUUGUGGACGGCGAUUUGAGACUCAUACUACUCAAAGGCGAGCUUGGAAAUUGCGUGUUUACUUCGGCAUACGAUACCAAAGCUCUUGAAGAAACACUGCAUUCCUUUUGUUCCUCAUAGAUUACUUCGAAGGGCCACACAUCGUAUGUUUGUUAUACACGCAAAUUUUGCUGCUAUUGUCCCCGUGGAGAAACUCGUUCAAGCUUCUAACCCACGCGUCUUUGACCACUCUCGCGGAGCUCCUUUCGGGGCUACCAAUCCUUUUCUUCAAAUGGCAGUGAAACAACUUUGAUGGCUCGCUAUUUACCCAUGUUGUUCACAUGCUCGUUCUCUGGAAUAAAAAAACCAAAAAGUA